UCAUUACCUAAGAUCGUAAAUGUUCAAGAGAGAGUGGCAAAGUGCACGAUGCCAUGGCUAAAAAUGAAUGGUGAACUUUCUCAAGUUAUUUUAAUUUGAGAAUGUCCAAAUGAUUACAAGUUUUAAGAAGAUUGCUCCUUCAGAUUGUAAGGACCUACCGGUGAAUACGUGAUUAGGAAAUUGAAAAAUUGCUACAUCAAAGAGUUAAAAAUGGCAAUGCGGGAUUUAGUUGAGGGGGAAUGUGGAAGUGCUAAUCCUCUGAUGAAACUGGCGACUCACUUCACACAAGAUCAGUCAUUUCAUCAGGAGGGUCUUGUGCAAGACAGGUUUGGACCUCCCAGGGAACUGGGUGAAAGAGCUUUUCAUGAGGCUCAAGAAGACCAGUUGGUGUCAGAAUUUCUUCGUGAUCCACGAACACAUGCUCCUCCCCAGUCCUUUCGUAUGGGUGAUUUGCUUCAUGAAAUGAAAGAAAUUGAACAAAGAAACCAGCAUCUUACUCCAGUUAGAGCUCCUGGAAUUGCUGAUCUGGCAUCAAGUGAAUGGGCUGCUGAAUACAUGUCAUCUGAGGUGCAACGAGCUGAAGAAUGGUCAAAAGAAUAUGUACAUGAAACAAGAUUUCAACCAAGAGCUGGUGUCCAGGAUUUUCCAACUAAAUGGGCAGAUGAGUACCUGGAGCAUGUUAGGGACAUGGGACAUGAAGGCCUGGAUGAUGCAGCAUGGGUAAAUGAAUACAAGCAAGAAGGUGAAAAUGCUGAACUAUCCAAGACAGCUGGGGAGCUGCUUGAAAAUGCUGAGGAUCCAAAGUUUGCAAACUCAAAGUUUAUGAAGUUUGUAAAGAAACUUAGAGAUGGUGAAUACACAAUUGAAAAUAACCAGGUAAUUGACACAAAGACUGGGCAGGAGGUUAAUGAAGACACUGAGGCUGCAGAAGAGUGGGUGGAUGAGUAUGAGAAAUUUAGGUCAACUGAGGCUGAUGAUUGGAUCAAAGAGUUAACAUCUGCAGCCCACGAACAAAAGUCAAAUUUGGAAUUUUGGGAUCGCUUGGAAGGAGAGUGGGAUGACCUAAUAAGACGUGAUGGUGAAGACGCUCAUUCCUGGUACAGUCAAAGUGAUGCUACAGUGAACAAGGAGUAUACUUUCGAAGAAGAUAAUCCACUCAUAGAUCAUCCAAACCCGUUUGAGGAGGGACUGAAAAAGCUCAAAGAGGGAGACUUGAUUAGUGCUAUUUUGUUAUUUGAAGCAGAGGUUAAGCAGAGACCAGAACAUGCUGAGGCGUGGCAGUAUUUAGGAACAAGUCAAGCAGAAAACGAGCAAGAUAUUGCAGCAAUAAUUGCUUUGAAUAAAUGCCUCGAAUCACAGCCAGAUAAUUUGACAGCGCUUAUGGCUCUGGCAGUAAGUUACACCAAUGAAUCCAUGCAAUCACAGGCCUGUCGGACCUUAAAAGCUUGGUUAAAGGCUAACCCACGGUACAAUGACCUAGUGGCUAAUGAGCCCGCGGGAUCAGAGACCGGUGCGCGGUCGCGGUUAGUGACGUCAUCAAUUAUGUCAUCGGAGAUGUACAAUGAGAUAAGAGACUUGUAUAUCACAGCUGCACAAAGGGCUCCAGUGAACGAUAUCGAUGCAAACGUACAGGUCGGUCUCGGCGUUUUGUUUAACUUGUCUGGGGAGUAUGACAAGGCAGUCGAUUGUUUCCAGGCCGGACUGCACGCCCUGCCAAAUGAUGCUCUUCUAUGGAACAGAUUAGGCGCCACGUUGGCGAACGGCGGGCGCAGCGAGGAAGCAGUCGAUGCAUACAGACAUGCGCUGAAUCUCAGCCCGGGGUUUAUCCGGUGCCGAUACAAUUUAGGAAUCAGCUGUAUAAACUUGAAUGCUCACAGACAAGCGGUGGAUCACCUGCUAACUGCGUUGAAUAUGCAGAGAAAGGGUACAAUUGGACCAGGGGGCUCAGUCUCUACAAUGUCUGACAACAUUUGGUCGACGCUGCGCAUGACUCUGUCACUGAUGGGCAGGUCUGACCUCCAUAAAGCAGUCGAUACACGUGACUUGGAUCAUCUCAACGCAGUCUUUCACGCGGAUUCGCACAAUGAUGGAGCGAUUACUGUUUAAACGUCACAAGCGUGACAAUCUUGUCAUUAUUGGGAUGAACGCCGUCAGUAUUCGAUUGCUCUUUGAGGAAAAUUGCAUCCAAGAAGGUUUUGUCUUCGGCGACUUUUGGGUAAAAUUUGAGAGAUAUUUCAAUGUGUUAAGACCGUGUGUUUUGUAAUUGGCCUCGAAUAACAACAACGAUUUACAGAAACAGCAGCACUUGCUGCCUUUUACCGAGGAAAAUGGAAUAAUUCACGAUGAGAUGACGUCUUUCAGAAGAAAGUUGAUUUACUUUUCAUCGACUUGAAAGCGCCGACCUCGAACGAAGAAUGGAAACCUGAGCACAACUUACAUGAGACAAUUAUCAAAGAGUGGCUCGUGUGCUAAUUGUUAAUUUUAUUGAUUAAGGUCAAUGCAAUGCAAUAUUUAAAGGAUUUAAUAUAUGAUGUAUGUUUAUUAAGUCCUGUUAAUAUCCGCAAUUAUGAAUUCAAG